AUUGUGAAGCUAUCAAAGUAGAUUUGUUGUGCUUUGCUCCAGCGAGGGAUGAAAAUACCCUGUGGGCAAGGAGAGAGGGGUCAUGGGACUCCCAAAAGGAUUACCUUGAACUGGAGUCAUGGGACGUGCCCCGAACAAAGAGCCUGCUCACAUGCUCAUCAUAUGAACAGCCCCUCAUAAAGUGAUGAAGUUUCAUGUCCUGUGGGAUUCAUUGGGCACCGGCGCUCUGGGAAAGAGCACCCCUCGCCAGCAGAGCUCCAGGAGGGAUCGCUAAUGCCGAAAGUUUCUCUUUGGCACCUUCUUAAUGUCGAUUAGAGGCUCUACAGGGCCAGAAAGUUUGGAUUGAGAAAACAUUUUACAAAAGAGAAUGUAUCCACAUAUUUCCAGCCAAGGACCCAACGCGGUGAGCUUUCCUAUUUUGAACAAUUUCGAAAGAACACGUAACUACAUAUAAUGACACCAUUGUGCGAAACAAAAUACCUCUAUGACUCAUUCUGUUUUGAGGCUUUUUAGACUCUUAUGUAAUGAGGGGUGAUGUGUGACAUCAUAAGCCCUUUCACAGAUCACUGUGUGGGCAUGUCUCAAGGCUGGAUGUGAGGGGGGCAGUGUAGUUCAGUCCACCACACUUCCUGUCGGUGAAGGGAUGCUAGGGUGUGCACUGAUGCAUGUACCCAUUGAACAUUGACUGCAGUUUAGACACAGCCCUGAUAGGUGGUCUACGUGCACAGAAAAACAGGAAGUACCCUCAAACCAAAUUAUCUUCAUGAUCAAAUGUCAGCUAAUUGAGUUACGUAAGCAACAUCCUGUUGCAUGCAAUAAAACAAACCUCCAGCAUUACUUAUGCUGUGAUUUUCCUCAGGUGCGCCUGUGGUUAUCUAGUGACUCAGCACACGGCCACCAACAAGCCCUCCGAAGAGAACAAGCUUGUCCAAGUGGACCCUCCUCAGGAGAAAUGGUCGGUGGUCAGACAUACCCAGACCGUCCCCACAGACGCCUAUGGUACCAUCGAAUUUCAAGGAGGUGGAUUUAUCAACAAAGCCAUGUAUAUUCGGGUGUCAUAUGAUACUAAGCCGGACAGCCUGCUGCAUCUCAUGGUCAAGGAAUGGCAACUGGAGUUGCCCACGCUGCUUAUAUCAGUUCAUGGUGGCCUUCAGAACUUUGACCUGCAGCCCAAACUCAAGCAAGUUUUUGGGAAAGGCCUGAUCAAGGCUGCCGUGACCACUGGAGCAUGGAUCUUCACUGGUGGAGUCAGCACUGGCGUGAUCCGUCACGUUGGAGAUGCUUUGAAGGAUCACUCCUCUAAAUCCCGAGGGAAGGUGUGUGCUAUAGGCAUCGCUCCAUGGGGAAUCCUGGAGAGCAAAGAGGAUCUAAUCGGAAAAGAUGUGAACAAACCAUACCAAGCCAUCUCCAAUCCUCUGAGCAAACUUGCCGUACUCAACAAUAGCCACUCGCACUUCAUACUAUCUGAUAACGGCACAUGUGGGAAAUACGGGGCAGAAGUCAAACUACGCAGGCAGUUGGAGAAGCACAUCUCCCUUCAGAAGAUUAACACGCGACUGGGCCAGGGUGUACCGGUGGUAUGUCUGAUUGUGGAGGGGGGUCCCAAUGUGAUCUCGAUUGUCCUGGAAAGCCUGCGUGAGGAACCGCCAGUGCCUGUAGUGGUUUGCGAUGGCAGUGGUCGAGCCUCUGACAUUAUUUCCUUCGCCCACAAAUAUUCUGAGGUUGAAGGACUGGUAAACGAGGACGCAAAAGAGCAACUGCUGGUCACCAUCCAGAAAACCUUUAACUACAACAAAAUGCAGUCAGGGCAAAUUCUGCUCAUGGUUAUUGAAUGCAUGAAGAAGAGGGAGUUGGUAAGUAUCUACAGUAAUGUAAGAUCAUGCAACAGAUGUAGACCAACAUCCAUCGACACAAACCCAAUCUCUGCUCAAACCAACCUAAGAUAGUCUUAGUGGGACUCUUCAUUCUGGUCAGGUCUUUUUGGCUUUGGAUACUUUUCAGCUUGGAGACCAACUUAAGAGCAACUUGACCAGGCUGGGAGUUUUUCAAUGUAUUCAAAUAUAUACUCUUACUCUAUAUCUGGGGGGUAUCUAUACUCUUUGUGCAACCUUUCAUCAAUAAACAUUCCAUUCAUUA